AUGAUCAAAAAUACGAGAGCGCAAAAAACGCUAGAAGAUGUCCAUCUGCUGCCAUCUGCUGGCGACGAUGGCCGGAGCAUUUCUGGCGCCCAGAGAUGGCGGCGUCCCCUAUCGUACCUGAUCCUGUUCGGUGCCGCUGUCUCGGUGGUGCUGACAUUCGCCAUAAGCACGGUAUACAACGCGGCCAAGCCAGGAGUAGGCGGCUUGGGGGACGCAAAAGUGGCCCGUCGCCCGUGCGGAUACACGGCCGCCGAUGCACAGCGUCGCGGCUGCGUGUUCGACCUGCCAAACUUCGCUUGGCUUCCCGAAGACUGCGUGGACCAUGACCUGAGCCGUAGCUUCAUGGAGGAGCAAGGCGAAUGGGAGUUCUUUCGCGACCGCAACAAGACUGCGCGAGUCACCAUCGACGAGGUGUCGCUGGGCACGUGGGAGUACUUCAUCAACGGCCGCGUCCACGUCGCCCAUUGCUCCUUCUCCUGGCUUCACUUCCACAAAGCCCUCGCCAUGGGCCAUAAGAUUCAUGGCCAGCACAAUCUGGAACACACCACCCACUGCACUCACGUCCUGACCAAGGCGCGUCCUUAUCCGGAGGACGUCGAGAUCCGCGUCAAGAUAGCCUUCCCUGACUGCGGCUACAUAGAUAGGGACUACCCGGGCUAA